AGAAAAUAUAAAACAAUCAAAAAUAAAACAAAGAAACAUAUUUUUUCCUCUCCACAUCUUUCUCUCUCUUUCUUAAGAAGAGGGAGAAAGAGCUCCAAACAAAGAGGGCGGGAGAAUAUUAAGGAUCAAUCAAAACAUUUAUAUGUUUCAUCAAAAAAUCAAUUUUAUAGGUGUGUCUCGAUCAUCUCAGCUAGAAAGUUGAUGCUUCUUUUCUCGAGAAUUUUACUCUUGUAUGCAAUUCUAUGUACAUCAUUUCAAUAAACAUAAAAACAUAAUAUGGGAACAGAGGUAUUAUGCACCCAAAACUGUCUAGUUAACCCAAAGUCAAAAAUACUAUUCAGUCACCACACCACCAACCCUGGAUCAGGAUUUGGGUCAGACUCAAGGUUAAGAUCAAAAUCAAGGUCAAGAAUAGGUUCAAAGAAUAAGAAGGAAAAAUAUUAUUAUAGGACAUCAAUAGUAAAUAAGAGACAAUAUAUUGGCACAAGAGAUAUGAAAGCAUCAACCAAGAAUCACAAAGGGCAUUUCAAAAAAGAUAAUUCAAAUUCACAAUAUGCUGGAACAACUUUUGUUAUUUCGCCUUCACCAACAUCUCUACCAUUACCAUCUUUUUCAAAUAGGAUGAUGCCUAUAGAUGGAUUUGCUACCAAAGAACUUAGACGUCUACUUCGUCUUGAAUGAAAAACUUCAUUACAUGUAUAUGGGGACAACAAUAUAAUGCUAGGUUCCCCAUAUCAUUUAUCUAAAUUAAACCCAUUAACUUAGCAUAAAUAUGUCACCAUUGACAUAGAUUUAUUAUGCAUAGA